CUAUAAUAAACAAACUCUUGCUGGUCAUGUUCAAGAAUACCGUGUGCUUGGCAGGACGCCCUUUGCACAGAAUAACGGCGGGAACCACCCGUUUGUUCUCCAGCUCGAUUCCAACUUUGAAAGAUGAAAGAACAGUUGAAUCUCAUUUACAAUUUUUAUCUAAAUUCUACACACCAGAUUUACUUCAAAGUAUCAAGAUCACCGAAUCUCUUGUCACACCAAAGCAAGUUCUUGACUUGAAGAAGAGAGGAUUAGAAGGUAAAUCCAAGGCUGCGCCAAGUGAUGUUUCCAGUGAUCUUCACCGUGCUGAUCCUAAAUGGACCGAACCUAUAGUUUACCCAAACCAAGCUGACAAUAGAUCUCCUUACGCCCCAAUUCCAGCCAACCAAGCUCCUGAUAGAACUGACUUGGUUAUGAGAUUCAAGGAAACCAAGACCAAGGCUAAGAAUGACCGUAGAGCCGAUAGAAAGGCCUUCACCAAGGGUCUUUCUAACUUGACCGGAUUAGAUGAAGGAUAUGUUUCUAGAUUAUAUGUACGUCCUAUUGUGAUGAAGCGUGUUUCUUGUCAAACUUCCAAGGGUAAAAUUCCAAAUUUCUACGCAUUAACUGUUGUUGGUGACAAAAACGGUAUGAUUGGUUUAGGUGAAGGUAAAUCAAGAGAUGGUAUGAGAACUGCCUUGGGUAAAGCUCAUUGGAAUGCAGUCAAGAACUUGACUCCAAUCACCAGAUAUGAAGAUAGAACCAUUAUCGGGAACAUUGACCAUCGUUACCACGCCGUCAAGCUUUUCUUAAAGUCUGCCCCAUCUGGGUUUGGUUUGAGAGUUAACUCCAAUAUUUUUGAAGUUUGUCAAGCUGCUGGUAUCAAGGAUUUGGCUGGUAAGGUUUACAAGUCUAGAAAUCCAAUGAAUGUCACCAAGGGUUUUGUAGAAGCCUUAACCAAGCAAAGAUCUUUAGAAGAUUUAGCUUCUGGUAGAGGUAAGAAGUUGGUUGAUUUAAGAAAGGUUUAUUAUUCUGCUUAAACGUGAUUUAAUAUCAUAUAAUUUCAUUAUAGAAGCAAAUUGCAUGCCUCAGCCUCCCAUGACCACUCCCCCCCAUACACACCCACACACAUACACAAAAGCACAUAGAAUCACUACACU